GGAAAAAGGAAGAAAGAGAAGACAAAGAAACUGAGAGAAAAAGAUGUCCAACGCAUCUAGGAGGAAUAAAUCAAAGGAAUCAUGGAUGAGAGGGAACUUCCAAUGUAUAUGAUAUGAUAUAUAUUGAAAGUGAAAAUUAUCCAUCUCCUAACUCUACACAGACAAAAGUCCAAAAAGGAAGAUGGUCAUCACCAUCUUUAAUGGCCCCCGCGCGUCUCCACUAAAGGAUUGUGGAGUGUUGAGAAGCUCAGAAUGAAUGACUGAAAGCAACAAGCAAAAAUCUGCUUGGCCGAAUCCAUAUAAGAUUGAUACUCAGUAGUACUGAACGUGCAAGGUUUGUAGUGAGGAGAUAGAGAGGAGAGCCAACUGAGAGUUUUGCUUCUAUUCUUAUUUGUUAAUGGUGCAAAUGGAACCCAAAUGGCUGGUUUUGUUGGUAGUGAUUCUGGGGUUAAGUUGGUUUGGAGAAACCCAACAAGGAUUGAUACCCGGGUUUUACUCUUCUUCAUGCCCAAAGGCUGAGGCCAUAGUCAGUUCUACUGUUGUAACGCAUUUCAAGAAGGAUCCUACAAUUGCAGCGGGCGUUCUCAAGCUUCAUUUCAAAGAUUGCUUUUUUCAGGGCUGCGAUGGUUUAGUAAGUGAGAUAGAUGCAUUGACUGACACAGAAAUACGAGGAUUUGGUGUGAUAGAUGACGCCAAAACUCAACUGGAGACCUUGUGCCCCGGGGUGGUAUCAUGUGCUGAUAUACUGGCACUUGCUGCUCGUGAUGCUGUUGGCUUGAGUGGUGGUCCAAGUUGGCCAGUGCCCACAGGAAGACGAGAUGGGAGGCUCUCAUUUGGUGUAUCCCCGGAGAACCUUACUUUACCUGUUCCUACUGAUUCUAUUCCUGUCCUAAGAGAGAAGUUUGCUGCUAAAGGCCUCAACAAUCACGACCUUGUAACACUAAUUGGGGCACACACCAUUGGACUAACGGACUGUUCGUCCUUUGAAUACCGUCUCUACAACUUCACGGCAAAGGGAAAUGCAGACCCAACAAUAAACCAAGCUUUCCUGGCUCAGCUGCGAGCCCUUUGUCCUGAUGUUGGUGGCGAUGUCUCCAAAAAGGGGGUGCCGCUGGAUAAAGAUAGCCAGUUCAAAUUCGAUGUCAGUUUCUUCAAGAAUGUGCGGGAUGGGAAUGGAGUCCUGGAGUCCGAUCAAAGGCUUUUUGGAGAUAGCGAAACCCAGAGAAUCGUUAAGAAUUAUGCUGGUAACGGAAAAGGCUUACUGGGGCUUAGAUUUUAUUUUGAGUUUCCAAAAGCCAUGAUUAAAAUGAGUAGCAUCGGGGUCAAGACUGGUACUCAAGGACAGAUUCGAAAGACAUGCGCAAGGUUCAAUCAAUCCAUCGAAUCAAAUGAAAUAGAAUAUUAAAAUGUAAUAGUAUAUAGUAUAUACAUAUAAUGUAUGCCAUAGGAGCCAUGACCAGGCCAAGGGGGAGCCCUGACUCUCCCACUUCCAUAUAAUAAGCAGCAUGCGGUCAUGGAUAUCCUUUUCCGCUUUCUAUUAAUGAAAA